AUGCAUCAUGGAAUGAACCCGAGCCCGGGGGACGGAUUUCUGCAGCAGCAGCAACCCCCGCCGCCGCAGCCGCCGCCCCCCCGCAGGCUGCUGGCCGCCGUCCUGGGGAUCCAGCUGGCGCUGUGCUUCGGCCCCGCACAGCUCACUGGCGGGUUGGAUGACCUUCAGGUGUGCACUGACCCAGGCGUCCCCGAGGAUGGCUUCAGGACGCCCGGCGGAGGGGUUUUCCUUGAAAGCUCUGUCACCCAGUUUCACUGCCAAGAUGGGUUCACGCUCAAGGGCCCUACAAAGAGACUGUGUGUGAGACAUCUUAAUGGAACCCUCGGCUGGAUCCCCAGCGAUAAGCCCUUCUGUGCGCAAGAAGAUUGCCGUAUCCCUCAAAUUGACGACGCUGAGAUUCAUAACAAGACGUACAGACAUGGGGACAAGCUGAUCGUCACCUGUCACAAAGGAUUCAAGAUCCGCUACCCAGACCUGUACAACAUGGUUUCGCUGUGCAGCAGUGACGGGACGUGGGAUAACCUGCCGCUCUGUCAAGGCUGCCUGAGGCCUCUCACCUCUUCCAACAGCUAUGCGAACAUCUCCGAGUUGCAGACCUCCUUCCCCGUGGGGACGGUCAUCUCCUACCACUGCUUCCCUGGAUACAAGCUGGAGGGGGCCGAGCACCUCGAGUGCUUACACAGCCUCAUCUGGUCGACCAGCCCACCCCGGUGCCUUGCUCUGGAAGCGCAGGUGUGCCCGCUGCCUCCAACCGUGAGUCACGGCGAUUUCGUCUGCCACCCGUGGCCUUGCGAGCGCUACAACCAUGGGACCGUGGUGGAGUUUUACUGCGACCCCGGCUACAGCCUCACCAGUGAUUACAAGUACAUCACCUGCCAGUACGGGGAGUGGUUUCCCUCCUACCAAGUCUACUGCAUCAAGUCAGAGCAAACGUGGCCCAGUAGCCACGAGACCCUCCUGACCACGUGGAAGAUCGUGGCGUUCACGGCAACCAGCGUGUUGCUGGUUCUGGUGCUCGUCAUCCUGGCCAGGAUGUUCCAGACCAAGUUCAAGGCCCACUUUCCCCCCAGGGGGCCUCCGCGGAGCUCCUGCAGUGACCCGGACUUUGUGGUGGUGGACGGCGUGCCUGUCAUGCUUCCAUCCUACGACGAGGCUGUGAGCGGAGGCGUGAGGGCAUCAGGCCCCGGGUACCUGGCCUCUGUGGGCCAGGGCUGUCCCUUGCCCGUGGACGACCAGAGCCCCCCAGCAUACCCCGGCUCAGGGGACACGGACACAGGCCCGGGGGACUCAGAACCCUGUGAUGGCAGCUCAGGCUCUUCUGAGCUGCUCCAGAGUCUGUAUUCGCCCUCCAUGUGCCCGGGGGGCACACGCCCCGACAGCGCUGACACGGGGGCCGGCAUGGCGGGAGAGGCGGCAUCCACCAGCCCGGGCAUCGACAUCGCAGACGAGAUCCCGCUAAUGGAAGAAGAUCCGUGA